GCCCCUCCCCUCGCCUCUCUCCAUGGAUGUAAUCUCUGACUUGCCAACAGGUAUUUGUAAUGUCCCAGACAAAGUAAGCUGUCCAGACCGCGGCGAGCAUUCUGCAGGAGAGUCAGAGCAGAGCCCCAACAGCGCACAGUCUCUAGAAUUCCCUGUUGAAGCGUCUGCAGACAUGGGUCGUCAGGAGGCUGACCAUGUGUGGAAAAAGGACACUGAAGACAUCCGGGACUAUUUUGACUUCAUGGAGGAGUUGGGAUCGGGGGCGUUCUCAGAGGUUUACAUGGUGAAGGAGAAGAAGACGGGAAAGCUGUUUGCCAUGAAGUGCGUGAAGAAGAAACAGAAAAGAGACCUCAAUCUGGAGAAUGAGAUCACUGUGCUGAGAAGAAUCAAACAUGACAAUGUGGUCGGGAUGGAGGAUUUCUAUGAAAGUCAGACCCAUUACUAUCUUGUCAUGCAGCUUGUUUCAGGCGGCGAGCUCUUUGACCGUAUUCUGGACCGGGGGGUUUACUCGGAGAAGGACGCCAGCAACGUGAUCCAGCAGGUGUUGCAAGCCGUCAGCUAUCUGCACGAAAACGGAAUAGUGCAUCGUGACCUGAAGCCCGAGAACAUCCUGUACUACAGCCAGGACGAAAACUCCAAGAUCAUGAUCAGUGAUUUCGGGCUCUCCAAGAUGGUAGAAAACGACAUCAUGUCGACAGCCUGUGGCACCCCGGGAUACGUAGCUCCUGAAGUUUUGGCGCAGAAGCCCUACAGCAAGGCAGUGGACUGCUGGUCAAUUGGAGUCAUCACCUACAUCCUACUCUGUGGAUAUCCCCCCUUUUAUGAAGAAAGUGAGUCAAGACUGUUUUCCAAGAUCAUGAAGGCGCAGUAUGAGUUUGACUCACCCUUCUGGGAUGAUAUUUCUGAAUCUGCUAAAGAUUUUAUCCGUAACAUGAUGCAGAAGAAUCCCAGUAUGCGCUACUCCACUGACCUCGCUCUCAGACAUCCCUGGAUUAUCGGGAAGACGGCCCGCAGCCAGGACAUCUACUAUUCUGUCAGCGUUCAGAUCCAAAAGAACUUCGCCAAGUCCAAGUGGAAGCAAGCCUACAACGCUGCAGUCGCCAUUAACCACAUGAAGAAGCUGCAGCUGGCCCACUCAGAGAUGGUCCUGAGGCAGGCCAGCAUCCCUGAAAUCAAGGUGAUCGACGUGUCCUCCCCAAAAAAAAGCCUCAAAUGUCUUGACCUGGAUAAAACUGACCCCAAGGUCACAGAGGUCAACAGCAAAGCAAACGGGACACUUCACAUGUCGCUGCCCACCAGUCCCAUUGAACCGAAGAGCCAUUAUCACACACUGAAGACCACUCAGAGUCAGGCCGUCUCACAUCACGCGCCCUCUAUAGCUGAGCAGGGCAAGAACGUUUACCACUCAGAGCCCGCCAACCUCAACGGUGGGGGGGACGAGGUCAAAGGGCAGCGAGAUGCAGACGAAGACACACGCAUGUUAACCCCUGCAAUCUCUCACGGCUUCAUUGUCAGCUCCAUGGUCAGACAGCGAACAUGA